CCCACUGUUAAUGCCUUCUUCCAUCUUUCCACAUUACAAUAAUAAUGUCAAAAGCGACGUGUUCCUCCUCUUGUGAGAAAUCAUCGUGAAUUAAUUAUUAUAAAAGCUGUAGUAUAUUGCAAGGUCAAAAACCUCCCCAAAUAAUUCCUAUUUAUAUUUGGUAGGUAUAAAAUACCACUACUGAAGGGAUCCAUCAUUCCCAUUCCCAUUCCCAAUUCAUGGCACCUAACAAGCUCAAUCCCUCGGGAAAUUCGAGUUUGUCGUCAGGUUCGCAAGCAGAGAAUGGUUUUAUUAGUUCUUUUUCUCUAUUUCCCGAGAAAGCAGUGCAAGAACUUCUUCAAUCUCCUAUCCAGGCGUCCGACGAUCAUCUUAUUGAGUUCUCUGAAGCUUUAAGAACCGUUGCGAAGGCCCUCAGGAAAGUUGCUGAAGGAAAAGCUUCUGCUCAAGCUGAGGCUGCUGAAUGGAAACGUAAAUACGAGUUGGAGAGAACAAGGAAUCUACAGUUUGAAGACAAAGAGAAAUCAUGCCCUGAGCAUCGGACUGAUCUUGAUGAUGUGAAGACAAAUAACCCCGCCAAACAACCUAUAUUGUACAAUAAAGCUAAUAGUAAUGGGAAGUCUGAAGAAUGUUGUUCAAAGAAUGGUAUUUGUUCCCAUGAGGUGCUUAGGGAUGGGAAACCCAAUUCCAAUUCUAAGAUGGUCAAAAAGGCUUCUUUUAAACUUCAAUGGUGCUGCAAAGGUGAGCAAAGUGAUCAGCACAAACAUGACAUUGUCUCUUUUGAAAGAGGAAAUAUAACCACAGCAGAGCGCAGUAGUAAGCAGAUCUCUUUGAAAUGGGAGUCAUGCCCACAGACAGUGCUCAUAUUGAAUAAACCAAAUUCAGUUUCAGUUCAAAUUCUGUGUGCUGACAUGAUUAGAUGGUUGAGGCAGCAAAAGAAACUACACAUAUAUGUGGAACCGCGUGUCAAGGUGGAUCUUUUGACAGAGUCAUCAUACUUUAACUUUGUAGAAACAUGGAGUGAUGAUAAGGAAAUUUUGAAGCUGCACACUAAAGUUGACCUUGUGAUAACUCUCGGCGGAGAUGGCACUGUUCUGUGGGCAGCAUCUAUGUUCAAAGGGCCGGUGCCUCCUAUUGUCCCCUUUUCUUUAGGAUCUCUUGGAUUUAUGACUCCUUUUUAUAGUGAAAAUUACAAAGAGUGCCUUGACUCAAUUUUAAAGGGCCCCAUCAGUAUUACAUUACGGCAUCGCUUGUUAUGUCAUGUUAUACGAGAUGCAGCUAAAAAUGAAUUUGAAACUGGAGAACCUAUACUUGUUCUAAAUGAGGUUACUAUUGAUCGUGGAAUAUCAUCUUACCUCACAAAUUUGGAAUGUUAUUGUGACAACUCCUUUGUCACAUGUGUGCAAGGGGAUGGACUAAUCUUAUCUACAACAUCUGGCAGUACUGCGUAUUCUUUGGCAGCUGGAGGAUCAAUGGUCCAUCCUCAGGUUCCAGGUAUUUUGUUCACACCAAUUUGCCCGCACUCCCUAUCUUUUAGGCCAUUAAUAUUACCAGAGCACGUGACUUUAAGAGUGCAAGUACCAUUCAAUAGCAGAAGCCCUGCAUGGGCAUCAUUUGACGGCAAGGACAGGAAACAGUUAGCACCAGGAGAUGCAUUGGUGUGCAGCAUGGCACCUUGGCCUGUUCCUACAGCUUGUCUGGUUGAUUCUACUAAUGAUUUCUUGCGCAGUAUUCAUGAGGGUCUUCAUUGGAAUUUGAGAAAGACACAGUCAUUUGAUGGCCCACGGGAAUCAUAACAAUCUCAUUGUCUUUCUUACUUUAUUGGCAAAACUAUAGUAAUUGAAAGUUGACAUGUCAUUUGUCAAGGUAUACGAAACGGGGUGCUGUAGAAACUAUAGAAGUAACUAAUAAUUUUAUGUACUUUUCUUCCUUAUAUUAAUAAUAAGUAAUAAUAACUUAUUACAUAGCUAGUGCCCACCAAUGAUGGUGAAAAUAGAGAUUGAGUCGUGAUAUAUCAGGUUACUCUUGUUGACAUGAGAAUUGUAACUAAAAACUGUUGAAUCGAUAGAUUCUUCUUACAUUUACAAUAACCUUAAUGAGUGUUUUCUGUUAGAACA